CCGGGCCUUCCCGGGGCUCUUGGAAGGGCGAGCCCGCGCCUUAAUAACACGCCUCUCGCCCCGAUCUCUGGCCUGCUGCGGGAGCCGAGCGCUCCAACUCCUCCCCCGAGCUAGCUACCCCGGCUGGGCUCUGGAGACAACAUCCAGGCUAGGCCGCCAUCUCCGAUCUUCCCCGGAGCAGCGACCACGUCGCCGCCUUUGCCAGCCUUGUCUGCGCCCGGGUGGAGCCUGUGUCGGCGGCGGAGGAUGCCCCCCGGUGGGCGCUCUCCCCGCCCACACCAGGGCGCAGAAAUAGUUCCAGCCUUCGCUUGGUGGGCGGAGCUGCGAAGCUGGCUUUAAACGGAGGAAGCGCAGCCCUUCCGCUUCUCCGAAGGUCGGAGCUGGAAGCUUGGGCACCAUCUGAGUUUGGUUAUUUGAGUAUCACGGUUCGUACUGCGGUUUGUCGGGUGACUGUCUCAUAGAUUGGGUUGGGUCAUGCCAGCUCCCGCUCUUGACCCUGGCUUGGACUUGGUAUUCUGGGCCUCAGGGUUCGCACGACACGCGGACCCACAAUGUAGCCGAUCGCGUUUUAACGCCGUGGUUGUGUGAAUGCAACCAGCGUUGUGGAUUUCUCACCGAGAAGACCACGGUUUACCCUGUGGGUUUCGAGAGAAGCAGUCCCGGCAAAUCUAUCAGAUCGUUUCGAGGUGGGGAAGGAAAACAAAGAAUUUACGAAAGCUCUUAAGACUUGCAAAGUUGCAUAAGUUAUUUCAUGCUGCAAAACCUAAAUAGAAACAUUAGUUUAUGAAUUUACAACUCUCCCGUUUUCUCAAAGACAGCAGCUAUAGUCCUUGGGGGAAAUUAAUGUGAAUAUAUUUCUUCUGCAAGCCAGGUGAUGCUCUGUAUUCCCUCUUAGAAGUGUUAUCUGUAGAUUUUUCUAAAGUAUAUUCUUCUUAUCCUGGCUUUCCUUUGUGAAUCUGCAUAGCAUUCAAAGAAAAGGUGAGGGUUUUACUGCUCUGUGGCUCAGUAUGAGUUUGGGGAUAAGGGUGUUGUUUUCCCCAGUUGUUUAUGCAUCCUGCACAUCCUAUCCACAGGAAAACAGGGAAGCUCUCUUUUUCUAAGAGUUGUUGCAACAGAUGUAGCUUGAAAUAUUGGUUGAUGUCUAAUGCUAUUUUAACUAAAAUACCUAAAAGAAAAAAAUCUUCCCUUUAGCCCAGGAUUAUAUCCCAAAAAAUGGAAUCUCUCUAUCGCUCCUUACUGGUGCCCACUCGCAUAAUGCUGAAGGCCUCCAACAUUGUGAUGCAGUUGACCUUGUAUGGUGCUGGUUGUAUUGCUGCUCUUUUCUACUUUGUGUGGGUGUUCAGGCUGAUACUUACUAAAGGCCCAAAGCGGGUAUUCCAGAAGAUUCAGAGACUCCCACCAGAAAUCCUCACUGAUUCCUGUUACGGUGAACACAAGUAUCUGACCCUCAAGUCAGGAAUACGGCUCCACUACGUUGCAGCUGGUGAAGAAGGGGCUUGCCUGAUGCUUUUUUUGCAUGGAUUUCCCCAGAGCUGGUUUUCAUGGCGCCAUCAGCUAAAGGAGUUCAGUCAAGCUUUUAAGGUGGUGGCACUUGAUAUGAAAGGCUAUGGCCUUUCUGAUGCACCACUGGCUCGGGAGUGCUAUCAAAGGGAUGUUAUUCUAGAAGACAUACAAGGUGUUAUCAAAGCCCUGGGCUCCAAUGGAAAAGAUGGGGAUCCCAAGUGCAUCCUGGUAGGUCAUAACUGGGGAGCAGCAAUUGCGUGUGAAUUUGCUGCCAAUUACCCUAACAUGGUGGAGAAGCUGAUUUUUAUGAAUGGUAUUCCAGCACAUGUUCUCUUUGAGUAUCUCCUCAAAAAUCUCACCCAAAUUAUUAAAUCCAUGUACAUAUUCCUGUUCCAACUAUCAAAGAUACCGGAGUGGCUAUCCUCCUUGGAUGACUUCCAUAUAAUAAAAGUGGCCAUAACAAGCGAGAAGACAAGAAUCCAGGACACUAAUUCACAGCAGAGGAAUUGCAACCCCACUUUGUAUUAUUUCUCAAGGCCUAAUGCCUUAACUCCACCCAUUAACUACUACAGGAAUAUUCUCAGCUGGAUACCACCAAAGCGCAGAGAUAUUUUGGUGCCCACUCUGCUGCUUUGGGGACAGAAGGAUGCCUACAUGGAAGACGGGUUGGUGAAUCAGAUACUACCCUAUCUCCAAGGCAGCUACCAUGUACAUUUCUUCCCAGACGGGAGCCACUGGAUACCUGAGGAACAGCCUGAAAAGGUCAAUCAAGUGAUAUGGGAUUUCCUUCAAGGGAAGAAAAGCGAGAAGGAGCUAGAGUAACUGUUGUGUAAAGUAAAGGCAUCCGUACUAUUUGGCAUGAAGAAAUAGUAGCAACUUGGCCUGGCUCUGGAUUUCUGAUCCUUGUUUUUGUGUGCAUUAUAUUGGAAUCCAAGUCUCAGGUAGCAUUAAUGGGCAUUUCCCCAGGCUCCACUUCCUUUUUGCACAGCCAUAAGGAUUAAAAUUGAAGAGAAAAGCAAGUCUCAGCUAUAUUUGUUGAUGUGCCUUGCUGUGGCCAAGUCCUGAGCUGUUCCUUGCUGCGUAAGAUCGAAAGACAAAAAGUUGUUGGCUUGAAUCAUAUUGAAAUCAAAGUUCUCAUGACGAAGUCAGCCUCUUGUUGAACUAUGAACCUGGGAUGUACUAUCAAUGCCUCAUGAAGAAUUUGCUUCCUGGCCCGUGAAGGACUUGGAGGAAUGAUUGUGCCGGCAGAUAUCCUUCAAUUACCUGGGAGAUGAUUUGCAAAAAUAUUGGAUACUCCAUUACUCUAAACAGAGAAAGAACAAAGACUGCCUCUGUAGCAGGACAUGUCAAAUGUACUGUAUAUACGAUACAUUGGAAAGAAAGAGUAUGUAUUCAGUAUGUAAAAGGUUGAUGCUGUGUGUAAUUUAAUAUAACAUAAGUGCUCCUGAUGCAA